AUGCGGUUCGCCAAGCUGACGCUCUUGGCGGCGACGUUUCUCGUCGCCGCGACUUCUGCCAAGGAGGAAGCCACGUCGUCCAAGAACCGCGACAAGCGCCAGCAGAUCAUUUUCCAUCCGCGAAAGGGCGGUCGUCUGCCGCCAUAUGCGGUUCAGAUGGAACCGAUAGUGCAGUAUUCUCAGAGAGAUCCCCUGUACAAUCCUUUAGCGAGCCCGAAGAGCGACGAUCUGUAUGAAGAGACGCCAUUGAGUUACUACCCGACGGAGCCUGAGCCAAUUAUCGAGAUUAUCAUCAAGGAAUCCAAUGAAUCCCUACCGACGCCGGUGCCACCACCACCGCCACCCCAAUCGCGACCUGCCAAGGAGCCCAUUCAAGUGUUCUACGUGAAAUACGAGAAGAAGAAGGGCUACGGUGACAAGACGCGCGUUGUCUACGAUCCACCAAUACCAGCGCUCACGCCGGUAGAGGACCAUGAGGAGAUCAAACUAGACAACCCGGCACCGUAUGCAGAAGAAUUGACACAGGCAGUGACGCCGGCACCGUUUCCAGAGCCGUCGACAACUUUGCGCGCCAUCAUUCGUCCUGACAGCGAGGUAUACCAUUCCGGUGGCAGUGGCAUCCGCAUAACUUUUGGCACCGAACAACUGCCGCCCAAUAGUCACAGCAAGCGCAGUGACCUGGAGACGCCCGGUAGCAGCGAUGUGCAGCAGCAACAGCAGCUUACUGGCAAGCCGACGGCAUCGCCGGGAUCACCGAAGAGGCAACACGGUCCGUAUCAACCGUUGCAACCACCUGUGCAUCCUCUGCGAGUGCCGCCCGCAUUCCCACAACAGCGGAUCGUCAAUUCGUUCCCACCGCAGCAACAGGCAUUGCAGCAGCAGCCACCAACAUUUUUGCAGCAGCAACAACAGCAGCAGCAGCUGCCACCGCCGCCGCCGCCACCACCGCCGCCGCAUCAUCAAGUGUUUCCGUCUCAGCAAACCUUGAGGAACCCGCCGCCACCCCCGCCCCUACCGCCGAGGUCGCCACAACGGCAUCCUAUAACGAUCCAAGGUUUGCCCGAAGUACAACAGCGCACGCCGUUCAACAACUUUGGGCCGCCGGUGCAUCGCGUUAACAUCAAUCACCCUCAACAACCGGGAUUCCCGCCAAGUCUAUCGGUGUCACAUCAAACCGUCCAUUUGCAAAAUCAGCCAUUGUCGCUGCCGCAGAACAACUUCGCAGAACCACCCCAACCACCGCUAUCGGUUAGACCCGGAAGCUUCAAUUCGGAACCGCCACAGCCACCACUGUCCAUCAGGCCGAAUGGUUUCAACGCGGAGCUUCCACCGCAGUCGCUACCUCCGUUCAAGCAGCAAGAACUUGAGAAGCAACGAUAUCACGAGCAACGACGCCAGCAAGAGUUGUUGAAGCAACGGGAGCAUCAACGACAACACGAACAACAGCGACAUCAGGAACACCAGCGACUGCUGGAACAACAGAGGCAGAUCGAGCAGCAGAGAUUGCUGGCGCAGCAGAGACAGGAAGAACACCAAAGACAACAGGAGCAUCAGCGAUUGCAAGAGCAACAACGGUUACAAGAGCAGCAGCGACUGCAGGAACAGCAGCGGUUGCAGGAGCAGCGCCGGUUGCAGGAACAACGUUUGCUGGAACAACGCAGACAGAAGCAAGAGCAGGAACAGAAAUUACUGCAGGAGCAACGGUAUCAUACGCAAAUCAAGUAUAAUCAGGUACAGCUUCAGCAGCCGCAGUUGCGGCCGGAAGGCGAGAUCUUCAAGGCGGUCCCAAAGCUGGAGCAGCAUUACGCGAUUCGGGAAAAUCCGCUUCAUCCGGGUCCGUUCCCGCCGAAUCCUACGAUAGUACAGUCAACCGAUAUCUCACAGAGUCAAUUCGCGUCUGCGCAACCGCUUACUGCUCUUCAUGACUCGCAACAACUAUCUGGAAGUCCAUCGAAUCAUUUUGUAUCCGGUGGCACCCAGCAUCAGCAGCAACAUCGGCAAACAGGUGUGAAGCAUCAUCAGUCUUACCAGAAUAACCAGCAGAGUUUCUUCUCGCAGAAUCCGACAGUGCAACAACGACCGCAGACCACUUCUCCCCAAUCGAUAUGGGGUAGGCCUACAUUUCAGAACAAUCCUGGGCAGAAAAUUUAUGCGACGCCGGUCAGUCCUUCCGAGGAGAAGCUGACCUCGCUGCCCGCCUCCAGAACUUUCCUGCCGACAACAACGGCGACCACGGUUACCUCCACAACGUUCAGGACUACAACUACCACUACAACUACCGAGGCGCCGACUACGACGACGCUCUCGCCAAACAAGGCGGCCAAGAUCAAAGAGAACAUCGCCAAUUUGCCGGACGAGGUGCCGGAUGACAUCAGGGAGCAACUGCUGAGCUCUGGCAUUCUGGGUAACGCCGACAUUCAGAUCCUCGAUUACGACAAAAUCGGCGACAUACCGAUCGAGAAACUACCGCCGGAAGCGUUGGCGAAUUUCUACGGAGCCGGGGGCGGUGCGGCGAUUGCUGCCGGCAGCGAUCCCGUGCCGGCGUUCGUGAAGAAACCGCUGCUGGCGAAGACGACGCUAGUUAGCGGCGGCGCGCCGCCGAAGAAAGCGACGAUGACCGCUGCCACCGGCAAACUGACCAAGUUCGAGCAGGCUACCUUGCGACCAGGCGGCGUAGAGAUGAAAGUAGUACGCUUCGAUCCAAAUACGGAGCAAGGCCGCGCCGUGGCGGAGCAACACAUACGGGACGAUGCGACUCGGCUCGAGACCGUGUCCGUCGGGGCGCGGGGUGACGGGGGUGGCGGGCAGUACAAUCGUUACCUACCGCUCAAAGUGAGCGGUGCGUCCUUUCCGAUACCGGAUGUACCGGAACUCAAUGGCCGUAGGAUCUCGAGCGUCGUCGUGCUGGCACCUGUCGACUACGACUUUCCCGACGUGGUGCAGGAGAUCACGGCGGAGCAGACGCAACGGCAGAGCAGACGAGUCGACAGCGACGCGCAACCGGUCAGGUUUCUUGCCGGCGACACCCUCAAGCAACUCGUGAAGAAGCCCAGUGCGGAGAACUACAAGAAGUGGCUCGAGCAGGAGAGCCACACCGAGCCGCAGAGACAGUCCGUCGUGCUGCUCGUGACUAUGCCGAGAGACGGCGACGGUCGGGGUGAGAAGGAGAUUUUCAUGUACGAUGUGACCUCUGGAUCAGUCAGCAAAUUGGCCGGCGAUCUUUCGACAGCCUUCGUAGACGCCGCCGAGAGCAAUUCUGAUGGCACCGACUCCAUCGAUGAUACCACCUUCUCGACAUAUUAACUUUAUCUCACAUUUCUUCCAAAUGCUUCCAAGAUAUUUGAAACAUAUGAUUUAUGCCCGCGCGCAGACUAUUUCGAGAAGUUCAUUUAUUUAUAUCAUCGAUGUUGCAGCUUAAACUCUACAUUAACAAAAAUAACUUUUUUAUUGUAUAACAAAAAAACCUCUUUAAUAAUCUAAGUUUUAUUUUAUAAAAUUAAUUUUUUAUACUCAAGGGAAAUUCUUCAAGUUCAGAUACGCAUAGUAACCGUAAUGACAAACGUUAAUAAAUAUAACGAUGGAUAUAAAAUGAUGGAUUUUCCGAAAUAAAUUGCACACAAUCCAUCCUUUUUGCAAUUAUAAAAGAGAAAGGAAAGCGGUAAAAAUAAGAAUGUCAAGAUGAAUAAAAAAUUGCAGCAUGAUAAAUUAUCUCCAAAUCAUGAAUACUUUUGUAGAUAUCUCAAUAAUGUAUUAUUAUGUAUAUAAGAAUAAUUUUGUACUUUUUUAUACAAAAUAAAAAUGCAGUCUUUUAAUA